AGGUGGUAUUGCGCUAGCAGUGAAAUAUAACUAUAUGAUGGUACCGUUGAAGUUUAUGUAUUUUCAAGGUUAAAGCCUGUCAGCCUGAGUCAUCACAUUACAGCACCCUGUUAGGGUGGAAGACAGCGAAGUGGUUCCUUUCGGCAGCACGAUGUUGGGGUCGGUGGUCGAGGGCUGUUGCUGGUGGUGGCAGAACGGGCGAGUCACAACGGCGGCUGUGGUGCUGUUGGCAUUUGGUGCUGUCUCCGUUAAGCGUUACGUCGCGAGGAAGAACAGGAGGAAGAGAUGGGCGGCCGUCGAAAAAGACGUAGUGGUUGUCCACGGUCUCGGCAAAGGGCGCCGCACCCCAAAUCUAUCGCCUUUUGUCCUUACGCUGGAGACCUACCUGCGACUCGCCAAAAUUCCUUACCAGAUGGACUACGAAGAACCUUUCGGCCCGAAAGGCCAGUCCCCCUGGAUCACGCUCAACGGCCAGGAAAUGGGAGACUCGCAGCUGAUCAUCCAGAUGUUAGGACGGCACUUUGGGAAAGACUUCACGGCCAGCCUGACGAAGGAGCAGAAGGGAGCAGCUCGUGCGUUUAACAUGAUGGUGACGGAACACCUUGCAUGGGGAUUCCGCUUGUGGCGCUGGGUGGAGAACAAAGGGCGUUUGAUGCUUCAGGAAAUGGAUCGCGUCCCCUUUAUAGUGCGUUUGCUGAUGCCUCUGAAGCGUCGACAGAUCUCCAAGUCCUUAUACUUACAAGGCAUCGGGAGGCACAGCGCGGAGGAAGUCCACGACAUUAUCGAGAGGGACUUGGCCGCCAUCUCCUUUUAUCUUGGUGACAAGCCCUUCCUGAUGGGCAGCGAUCUGUGCGAGGUUGACUGCGCUCUGUUCGGGUCUCUGGCGCAGAUCAUGUGGAACUACUCAGGCUCCCCGUACGAGACUAUGGUCAAAGUGAAAUACCCGAACCUGAAAGAAUACGUGUUACGGGUGAAGGAGAGACUCUGGCCGGACUGGGACCAGUGCCUGAAGCGCCCCAAGAUGAGCUAACUACGGUGGUCACACGAGCGUCGGACUCCUUUCCCUGCCAAUAGGAGUGUUGAGUUUGUGUU